CAUUACGAAAUUGUCCUUCUCUUCUCCUAUAAAUUCAGCUCUCCACCCAUUGGAUUCAUUGUAAUUGAAUUUCUCUUCUCUUAACUUCUCUUUUUCGAUCGUUCAAUCCUUUCCGAAUUCUUCUAAAGAUGCAAAUCUUCGUCAAGACCCUCACAGGAAAGACUAUCACCCUCGAGGUGGAGUCUUCCGACACCAUCGACAACGUCAAGGCCAAGAUCCAGGACAAGGAAGGUAUCCCUCCAGACCAGCAGAGGUUGAUCUUUGCCGGAAAGCAGUUGGAAGAUGGCCGAACCCUUGCCGACUACAACAUUCAGAAGGAAUCCACCCUCCACCUCGUGCUCCGGCUCCGUGGUGGCAUGCAAAUCUUCGUCAAGACCCUUACAGGAAAGACCAUCACCCUUGAGGUGGAGUCUUCCGACACCAUUGAUAACGUCAAGGCCAAGAUCCAGGACAAGGAAGGCAUCCCUCCAGACCAGCAGAGGUUGAUCUUCGCCGGGAAGCAGUUGGAAGAUGGCCGAACCCUUGCCGACUACAACAUCCAGAAGGAAUCCACCCUCCAUCUUGUCCUACGUCUGCGUGGUGGCAUGCAAAUUUUCGUUAAAACUCUCACCGGAAAGACCAUUACCUUGGAGGUAGAGUCUUCAGACACGAUUGACAACGUGAAGGCCAAGAUUCAGGACAAGGAAGGUAUCCCCCCAGACCAGCAAAGGCUCAUCUUCGCUGGAAAACAAUUGGAGGAUGGCCGAACUCUUGCGGAUUACAACAUCCAGAAGGAAUCCACUCUCCAUCUUGUCCUGCGUCUCCGUGGUGGUAUGCAGAUCUUCGUUAAGACUUUGACUGGGAAGACCAUCACCCUUGAGGUUGAGAGCUCCGACACCAUUGACAACGUUAAGGCCAAGAUUCAAGAUAAGGAAGGAAUCCCCCCAGACCAGCAGAGGUUGAUCUUCGCCGGGAAGCAGCUGGAGGAUGGAAGGACUCUUGCUGAUUACAACAUCCAGAAGGAGUCCACCCUUCAUCUUGUCCUCCGUCUCCGUGGUGGAUUCUAAGUUCUGAAAAUGUGUUUGUGUGGUGGUGGCGGCCUUGUUCCGGCCGACCAUGUAAUUGAAUGUGGGUACUUCUUAUGUGUCUUUAUUUUUCGAGUAUGUUGGUUAAGUGUCCUCUCCAGAUCACAAUCUGGGGAGAGUAUUACAGAAAUAAAUUGGAAUCAUUUCUCCUUCCAAAAA